AUGUAUCAUCGCCCGAAGAUUCUUUUACUCUGCCUUAUUCUACUUCAAAUCCGACCGUUCAGCACUCUGCCCACCAUUAAUCAACCAUUCCCGGAUUCAAGAAAUUAUUUUAGUCCAACUGAGAAGCAACCACUUUUCAAGCCACCCGAAUUGGAGGAGACCAUCGAGGAAGUGCAGCGUAUUUUGUCACAAGACCCUUCGUUGCCACGCCUGACGAGAGGUGAAAUCGAGGAGCUCUAUGAGAAGGUGACGCGCGAAGAGUACCAAAAAAGCAUUGCAGCUGGCGAUAUGGGACGCGCGGAUAGCAUGCGUGCGCUCAUGCUGGUGCUGCCAUACAAUACGGACAAUAAAACUGAGGGCAACAUACAGGAGCUCUACACACGCCCGCCUGUGACGAGAGUAAUCGAUUCUUACACAUCACACCAGCCAAUCAAAUUCAUUACACCCGAUCCGAGCGCGCCAGUAAAACUUGAAACAGCGAAUAUUGGAAACUUCGCAGCGACCACCUAUAAACCUGCUUAUACGCUGAAAACGCGCCAAGCGUUUGCGCCCAGCCCGACCACUUAUCAUCCGCUACCACCGGCGCCAGUCAUGCUGAAGAUGACUGCGCCAUCUCAGCGCACACCCAGCGGUUUUCAACCCGUCACUAAUAGCAUAAACGGCGCCAUCUAUGAAACGAAUAUGGAACGAAAUCCAACGCCAAAGCCAGUGCACCGUUAUAGCAGCCAUUAUAGCGCGAAGAAUGCUGAGUUCCUCAAGCAGCGCAGGCCGAAACCUGAUCAGACGACGACUGUACGCCCAGUGGCGGAUGUCUUAGAGAGUUUAGGUAUUGUUGGACAAACACAGUCACGCAAUCGAUUCACCAUCGACGAUUACUAUGCGGCAGAGAGCGCACCACAGCCAGUUAUAUCGACUUAUGUGCCACAGACGAUAGGCAUUUCACAGCUAAAAGAGCUGCAGGGGUAUAGUCUGUCGCCGAAGAUUAAGCCCGAUGCUUAUUCGAGCUUCAAGCCACUAAAUAUUGGCGAGGAGAUACGCGUCAAGCCUGAGGUGGAGGGUUAUCUUACACGUUUCGGUAUUGUUGGUGGCCGUAAGCGUAAGGAUUUGAAGAAGGGAAACAAUAAUGUGAGGGGCCAAAGCACUGAGCUCGCGGCUGGUGGAAGCGAGAUUUCUACAGCAAAGUUGCCGAGACGUGGCACACCAGCUAGUGCGAAUAAAGCAGCGAGCAGUGAGCUGGAGAAACUGCUCGAGAAUUUGCAGGAGCUUGAGCGUUUAAAUAUCAAUCCGAAAGUAUUGAGCCCCACCACAACCAUACGACCGACGACUACGACCACAAGGAGCACAACUACUCCUGCACCUACAACACCCAAUCUGAUAACAAACGGCGAGCCGCUACUAAUUGAACCGAAAAAACCACGUAGACGCAUAGAUCCGAAUAUCGAUAUUAACUUCGGCAACUCGGGUAAUCACCAGACCGAAACAACUAACACCGACCAACUUAACAAGUUGCUCGAAAAUUUACAGGAACUUGAGCGAUUGCGUAUUAAUCCAGAUAAUGUGCUGAAGAACAUUGCACCCACUGCAAAACCUGCUAGCGUUGCACGCACAGGCACGCAGCAAUUCGCCACACCAACGCCACGCACGGCGAGUUUAGUGAACCGUUUCAACGAGCUUGCGCUGCAAUCCACGCCAGCUACGCGCAGCUCAGCGCAGCCGGAUGCGGCACAACUACAGCAAGUCUUGCGGCAAUUGCAGUCGGUGGAGCAGACGAAUGCGCGCACAACAAAGAAGCCACAAGCUCAGCCAGUAAGAGCGGGGGGAGGAUUCCUAAGCGGGCUGGGUGGGCUCGGAGGCCUCGGUGGUGCAGACGUUUUGAAUCUGCAGAAACUGCUAACCGACGAUCGCGAGCUUGAGCGGUUAUAUGAGCAGGCGCGUGCCGGACAAACUGGGAGAGUAGUGUCACCUAUAAGUCUCAUCGAAAAAUAA